AUGAACUGCAUCUCCCUUCUCUUGAACAAAGCGGCUGAAGAAGGAGAAUUUGGGUAUCAUCAUCACUGUCGAGAAUCAAAGCUAACCCAUCUGUGUUUCGCAGAUGAUCUACUCAUAUUCUGUGAUGGAUCAGUCAACUCUGUGAAGAACAUCCUCAGCGUUCUCGAUCGCUUCGCAUUGGUGUCGGGCCUCUCGGUUAACAUUUCAAAGACUUCAUUCUUCACCUGCGGUCUCACCCCUGCGGAAGUCGCCCAAAUUACCACGGAAACGGGACUAACGCAAGAUACUCUCCCUGUCAGAUACCUAGGAGUCCCCCUCUGCACCAAAAAACUCUCCCUCUCCAAUUGCGAACCCCUGAUACAGCAAGUGAAGCAGAAAGUCAAUAGUUGGACUGCGAAGUCACUUUCCUUCGCAGGAAGGCUCCUCCUGAUAAACACUGUCAUUGCUGGAAUAUCAAAUUUCUGGUGCGCUACUUUCACAAUUCCUAAGCAAUGCAUAAACGCUAUCAACUCUCUAUGUGGGGCAUACCUUUGGCGUGGGACAACAGAAGGACAUCACUCAGCACGCGUUGCUUGGGAAACCAUAACUCUAUCGAAGGCUGAAGGAGGCUUGGGAGUGCGUGAUCUGGUCCACUGGAAUAGAGCAUGUCUGAUCAAAUUAAUAUGGCUCCUCUUCUUCAGAGCAGGAUUAAUAUGGGUAGCUUGGUUUAUCAAACAAAUCCUCUCAGGCAACAUUAGCAACUUUUGGACCCUGCGAGAGAAGCAAACUCAUUCUUACACUGUCAGGAAGCUACUUCGAUGCAGAGACUUGGUCUUCAAUUGGAUAAAAGUAAAGCUGGGAAACGGUAGAAAAACCUUAUUCUGGUUCGAAAACUGGAGUCCUUUUGGUUGCAUCAAAGAUUUCUUGAAUCUGCCACCACAAUCGACCCUCGGAACUCGACGCCCAGCUACGGUUGCGGACAUCAAUCGGAAUGGCAACUGGUCAUUACCGAACCCUCGUUCUGAAGAGCAACUUCGCCUCCACACCCAUCUCACCACCAUCACCCUUACGGACCUUGAAGAUACAUAUAUCUGGCAACCGCAAGACAUCAAAUUGACAUCAUUCUCCACAGCAAAACUUCCUCACUUGGCUGGUGGUCCUAAAUCGAUGUCCAACCAAGGACAGGAUACUAAGGAUGGGGACUCCAAACUGACCCAUGUGGGAAUUCUUGGCAACCAAGGCAGGCUGCGCUCCCGUGAGGCAAUGGUCUCAAUGUCUCCACGCCAUGCAAUCUCUAACUCUACCCCGCCACCUCCGACUACUCUCCCUCCUGGCUUGGCAGACAGCGAUCUAUCUCCUCUGGAAUGA